UGAUUAAGAAUCCAAAGCCUAGUACGUGCUUAAGUUCUUACAUCAACCCACUUAUAGGGUUUUUUUCUUUCCUUUUUAGGGUUUCCUCUAUCUAAUAUUAUUUGAGAGUACUUGGAAAUGAAUCUUGAGAAGAAAAGAGAAGAAGAGUACUGCUUAAUGAGUUUGGCUUCAAUUUUGUUGAAGAGACCUUUUUCAUGGCUCUCUCUCUUCGCCCCUCCGCUUCUUCACAUCCUUGGACUUCGUUUCUUGCAUCUCAUCCUUACUUGUGCCGCUUUGUUCUUCUCCUCUUUCUUCUUCCCAGUCUCACUUCCUCCUCCCCCAUUCCAAUCAUCAAAACAUAGUCAAGAACAACAUCAAGAUCGAGACUAUGUUGUCACUGAAGAUAUAACACCAAAAUCGGAGGAAAAUCCCGAAACCACCAAUGGUGAGAAUGAAGACAACGCAAUCCCCAAUGAUGAGAGCCUCAUAGAGCUGUCUUUACCGAGUGGUCAUUACGUUGGUCACCACUACACCAGUAAUAAGAAUCAUCUCUAUCUCCAAAACAACAAAGUCCAAGAUUUCAGGCUUUUUGAUCUAUUCAACGAUUUCAUGGAAGAAGAUAACCUCAUUGAAAUCGAUAUCUCCAUUGGAUCCAUUAAGUAUUCAAGGUUUGAGAUCAAAGCUUGA